CUUUGACAGAAAAUAUUGUCGUUCUUCUUCCAUCAUGCCGCCUUCACGCUUCGAGCCCAAUUCCAUCAAAAACAAGAUAAAACGAGAAGAGGUUGCGAGGAAAUCGAAAAAGGCGAAGGGACAGCAAAAGUUGCAGAAACGGCUCGCACAAGCCAAGCUCGAAGCCAACGAUCCUGCAGCCAAAAAAAAACGUCUCGCUGAAAAUGUACCGCGUACACUGGAUAAUAUGCGAGAAUUCGAUCCAUCCUACCUCACAGCGGACCCUUCGCAGGAAUCGGCCUCAGGCUCUGGUUCUGGUACAACACCUGGAGAAUCUGCGAUGGACAUCGCCAACGACCCCUUUGCCGAAUACUUUACGUCUACUGACGACCCCACGAUCGCACCCAAAAUCCUCAUUACGACCUCACCCAAAGCGUCCAAGUCAACGUAUGAGUUCUGUGACGAAAUCGUUGGGGUGUUUCCAGGUGCCGAGUUCAUACGGAGAAAGAAAGGCAAGGGAUUCGAGCUUGGACGGAUAGCGGGAUGGGCGGCUGGAAGGGGGUACAAACACAUGUGUGUUGUUAACGAGGAUAUGAAAAAGCCGAAUGCCAUCACGCUGAUACACCUACCCAGUGGCCCGACGGCGUAUUUUAAACUGACCUCAAUUGAGUUGACGAAGCAAAUAUAUGGCCACGCGCGGGCAACUGCGCAUUAUCCCGAAUUAGUGCUUAACAACUUUGUGACACGGCUAGGCCAUUCAGUCGGUCGACUGUUUCAGACGCUGUUCCCUCCCAUGCCAGAAUUUGAAGGUCGGCAAGUGGUCACCCUUCACAAUCAACGUGACUUUCUGUUCUUCCGGAGACACCGCUACGCUUUCCGAUCUACGGAGAAAGUAGCGCUGCAGGAGAUAGGACCUCGAUUUACGCUCAAGUUGCGUUCGUUGAGAAAAGGAAUACCUGCGGUGGAGAGAUUUGGAGAGGCACCAAAAGGACUAGAGUUUGAUAACGGAGUUUCUGAAGACCAGAACAGUGCUAGUGCUGAGGGGACCACAAAUGAGCCUGAGAAGGUUGUUGCACCAAAACAAGACGAGUACCUGUGGGCUUGGAAGCCCGAGCUAGAGACAACUCGACGGACAUUUUUCCUGUAGCACCUGGCUGGCUCAAUUUCGGUGGUGGCGUUGCGGACAUACCCUCACAGUCAGCAUCAAGGCCUGUGAAUUGGACAGUGUGGCAUAUGCGUGUUUUAUCCCGAGCUUUGCCAGAGUCUGAUUCAAAUAGUCUCUUAUACUUUUCGCCAGUACUUAACUUAACUGGCGUUAUGUAUAUGUACUGGUAGCGCACAAUGUGACACUGAUUGCACG